AUGCUUUUCUGUUCCUAUCUUAGUACACCAAAAUUGCAUAAUCUUUUGUUUCUUAAUGUUAAAGAACUGCUGCUUAUACAGUUUCAUUCAUUCCAACCUAUUAGGGAGAAGUUGAACUCGAUGAAUCUGCUCCUGUAUAUGUCUCCGAUUGCAGUUGUACUUUUGUUGCCUGCAACGCUUAUCAUGGAGCCAAAUGUUAUAGAUGUCACAUUAGCACUUGGAAAGGAACAUAAAUUUAUGGGCGUGCUUCUUCUUCUUAACUCCGCCACAGCAUAUGCAGCAAACUUAACAAACUUCCUGGUGACAAAACAUACAAGUGCUUUGACACUCCAGGUAUUAGGCAAUGCAAAAGGUGUUGUAGCUGUUGUUAUCUCUAUACUGAUAUUCAGAAACCCUGUCACUUUUAUUGGCAUGACUGGCUAUGCAGUUACUGUAAUGGGAGUUGUUGCAUAUGGAGAAACAAAAAGGAGGUUUAGAUGA